AUGUGCGCCGCGUUUCUCAUCUCCGCCUCCUACGAUAAACAAAUACGCUUUUGGGAUGGCGCCUCUGGUCGCACAGUGCGUUGCUUCUCCUUUCAGGACUCGCAGGUGAAUGCGCUGCUGCUGAUUCCAGACACAACGUACCUCGCCGUGGCGGGGUUCGGCGUCGUGCGUGUGUACGACAUUGGGUCACCAAACACGGCGGCGGCGGCGGCGGCAGCGGCCAGUGGCGGCGGCGGCGGCGGGGCGAGCAAUCAGGCGCCCCCGCUCUUGUCAUCGUAUGAAAACCAAUCCGCCAUGAAUUUUACGAGUCUUGGGAGUUUUCCACUGCAUCUGAAGAGGGGCGCCGCCUCAUUUUUCGGCUCCUCCACCGAUAACUCAACCAGCAGUUUGCUGAAUGGAACCGUUGAACUCGGGUCCACGCAGCGGCCGCUGCAAGACAACACAUGCGUUGAAUUAUCCACAGCGCUUUACGCCACCUCAGAAGAUGGUCAUAUUCGUUUUUUAAACGCGACAAAUCCAAAUGCGUUGCAGCUUAUCUGGGAUAUUUCCACUAAUGUGGCCAUCACCUGCAGCGCCCUCUCCCCAGAUCGUCAGACGUUGCUCACAGGAUCGCAGAUUGGUCGCGUCUCCGUGUGGCACCUUCCCACUAUCACUGAGGUGGCAACGCAACAGCUGCAGAAUUCUGCUGGAAUUCCGUUUGGGCAGAAACCGUUGCAAGAAAUUUCCUUUGACACGGACUACACAGCCAUUCGAAGCAUUGCGAUUGAGCCUUUGGCGCGCUGGGCCGUGGCCGCAACAAACGCAGGUAAGUUGCACUUUUUGCGCUUUGUGAGGGAGGCACAUGGCUGUGGUCCGUUGCCGGAUCCGUCGGCUGGCAGCGAAGCUAAGCCGGAAGGCAGUGAGACAAAGGAGGCAAAGGAGGCGGAGGAUUCAAUGGGCGUGGCACUCGCCACGAAAGACGCCAAGGACCCUGCAGACUGCGGUGCCGCUGCUGCCUCGCAGGAUGCCGGUUCGUUUCAGUUAGAGGGCGUCUGUCGCCCCACCGCCGUCGGCAACGACGGGGGUGUGUGUGGGUCGAAGAGCAACUUCUUAGGAUCAUCCGCAGAGGCUCUUGCAGAGGAAUCUCGCACGCUUGCGUUUGUCAGCAGUCCAGAUGCUCAAGCGCUUCCGGCCCAGGUUUCAUCUAGUGAUCAAAAGUUUGGCUCAGAAACUUCUUCCAAUGAUUCUUCGUCGAAACAGUUACCGUUCCCGCAGCAGUUCUUGAUGGAGGUAUUUUACUCCUUCCAGGCGCACUACAAGUACAUCCUCAAGGUGGCCAUAUCCCCCAGUACGGAUCUUUUGGUGACCUGCUGCGCCGACUACACCGUCGGCCGCUUUCUGAUUCCGAAGGAGCUUCAACAGGGCACGGCGUUCGAGACAAAGCGAAGUGGGGAUGACAUUUCCAGCUGUCAGGAGAGCGAGCAAGCGGUAACAGCGACGGUGCCGCUGUCUUCGGAUGUGGUGGAGGGGCUGCAGGAAAGGCGCAUGACACAGCCAGGUGCCCCAGAAGUGGCCUUGGCGGUGGCGUCGCUGUUGCAGCCUAUGGCAGCGGCAGAAGAUUCGCAAUCUGCCCCAGCUGAUAAACCGAAGGGAGCCGAGGCGAAAAUGUCGGAAACAUCACGGAGUGGAACAAGUCGGAAGGUCUCAGCGGAUGUGGACGAGGGGAAACCAGCCGAAUCAGCGGCAAAAACCGAGGAGAAACCGGCAGCUACACCCGCUGACUUUGCGGAUGCUUCCUCACUGCAGUUUUCUGUCGUCCCCUCACUGAACAUUGAUGGAAACACCCAGCUUCAUAGCACGGGCGUACUGCAGUUUGUCGCAUUGAAGCCCUUAACAGGGCACUUGCGGUGGGUGUGGGAUUGCGUUUUCAGCGACUGCGGUCGUUAUCUCUUCACGGCAAGCAGCGAUCAUUACCUGCGGAUGUGGACAGGGCUGCUCACCGACCGCGUACAAUCGACCUGCUUCAUAGGGCAUACAAAGCCGGUGGUGUGUAGUAUAUUGUACUAUGAAAAGAGGCUCGAGUAG